AUGCAGAAAGUGACGUUACGUAAUUUCACGGAAUUUCCUGAUCGGGGAGAAUGCGCAACACAAUUAUCGUUGCUUUUCCCGCUGAAAAUUACGCAAAAUAUUAAAUGCUUUCAUCCUUUUGUCGAAGAUGAGCAAGAUAAAAACGAAGUUAAUAAUUCCACCGAAUUAGUGUUAGAUUAUAGUUCAGAUUAUGAAAUCGACCGGAUACAACGUCACCAUUUUAUUGUCAAACACGUAUUCGAAUCUAAUUUCUCUUGUACGGUGGAAGAGAUGCUAAAGAGAGGAGCUCGUGUUUUAGAUGGAGGAUUAUUAAAGCUGGGUGGAUAUUUUGAACUUUUGGAAAUAGAACUUAUUCUCUGUGAUAUUGGGCCAAAUAUGAAAUGGAUUAUGAAAAACUGUAUUGAAGGAAGCGCCGUUCUUGAUCUUGAAAAUAUGCUUCUCGCUACUGAACAAUUAAUAAACCGAGAUGCUAUCGGAGUUAUUGGUCAUGACUCCAAAGAAUACGAACAGUUUUGGCAGCAAUGUAAAGCUUGA